UAAAUGCUCUGCUCUUCCACAACAACAGCACAAAAAGGAACCUUCUCCUUCAUCCUCUGUUUUUCUCUCACUGCUCUAGCUAUAACCUAAGCUCAGCAGCCAUGGCCAAAGACAUUGAAGUUGGAGGACAAGGUGGAUUCUCCGCCAAGGACUACCAGGACCCUCCACCGGCACCGCUAAUCGACGCCGAAGAAUUCGGCAUGUGGUCCUUCUACAGAGCCAUUAUAGCAGAGUUCAUUGCAACCCUCUUGUUCUUGUAUAUUACUGUUUUGACAGUAAUUGGAUACAAAAGCCAGAUUGAUCCAACCAAAGGCGGAGAUGAUUGCGGCGGUGUCGGGAUUCUCGGUAUUGCUUGGGCAUUUGGUGGCAUGAUUUUUAUUCUGGUUUACUGCACAGCUGGUAUCUCUGGAGGACACAUUAACCCGGCGGUUACAUUCGGACUUUUCUUGGCGAGGAAGGUAUCGUUGGUCCGAGCCAUUUUUUAUAUGGCUGCUCAGUGUUUGGGAGCCAUUUGUGGAUGUGGUUUGGUGAAGGCUUUCCAGAAGACUUACUACAAUAGUUAUGGUGGAGGAGCCAAUGAACUUGCAAUUGGAUACAGUAAAGGAACCGGAUUGGCCGCCGAGAUCAUUGGAACUUUCGUUCUUGUUUAUACCGUCUUCUCCGCUACUGAUCCUAAAAGAAAUGCAAGGGAUUCCCAUGUUCCUGUUUUGGCACCACUUCCAAUUGGGUUCGCCGUCUUCAUGGUACAUCUUGCUACUAUUCCGAUCACCGGCACCGGAAUUAACCCGGCUCGUAGCUUUGGAGCUGCAGUGAUUUACAAUCAAGAUAAGCCUUGGAGUGAUCAUUGGAUCUUCUGGGUGGGACCGUUCAUUGGUGCCGCAAUUGCUGCCUUUUAUCACCAAUUCAUAUUGAGAGCUGCUGGGGCUAAAGCUUUGGGAUCAUUCAGGAGCUCUUCAAACAUAUGAUGUUCUAAACCUUGGAUGUUGAAUGAGAGAAAGACUUUGAGAUAGUACCGUGUAAUUUGUAUAUCUACCAUGGAGUGGUGAAGAAAAUAGAAGCGAAUUUGUGUUGGCUUUGCAUGCUGGAAUGCUUGUUUUUAAUGUGUUCCAGUUUUGCACUUUUUUUUUUUCGCAUUUUAUAUGUUAAUGUUGGGUUUUCUAUUUCUGUUAAUAAGAUGGUGUCUUAUUUUGUCUUCGUAUCA